CAGUUGGGGGAGGGAAGCUCUCACCCUGGCUGAUAGUUCUGUGAUCUGGGUCUAUCCACUGGAUGAAUUCUGUUGGAAGAUGAAACACAGCAGGUUUCUGGCUAGCCUGAUACUGGCUAUCCUUCUCUUCCAAGGGAGCCCCUUUCAGGUGGAGGAACUUGAGGACAAAGUGUUUCUGAAUUGUGAUAGCAGCAUCACGUGGUUAGAGGGAACGAUGGGAAAAAUGUUCUUAAAAAACACAAGUCUGAACUUGGGAAGACGUAUCUUGGACCCACGAGGAUUUUAUAAGUGCAACGUGACACACCACAACGUCAAGAAACCUAUUUUGCAAGUAUAUUAUCGAAUGUGCCAGAACUGUGUGGAGCUGGACUCGGCUACACUGGCUGGCAUUGUUGUCACUGACAUCAUUGCCACUCUGCUCCUUGCUUUGGGAGUCUACUGCUUUGCUGGACAUGAGACUGGAAGGCUCUCCAGGGCUGUUGACACUCAAGCUCUAUUGAGGAAUGACCACCUCUAUCAGCCCCUUCGAGAUCGGAACGAUGCUCAGUACAGUCGUCUUGGUGAAAACUGGCCUCGGAACAAGUGAACCUGAGACCUGUGGCUUAUAGGAGCAUCACUUAUGGACUGUACCUUUCCUCCUUGCUCAGCCAAUAAAGAUGUCUUCUCUUACUCAGCAGGCACCUGGACUUUUCAAGGCUCCUGGGCAAAUCAUGGGAGUUGUCCUGACUUGGCGGUGCCCUUGCCCUCCCUGCCCACCUGGGUCACUUGCCUUUACUUCCCAUCACUUCCCUUCGUCUGCCCCACAUAGACAGUGUGACGGUCAGUUUCACCACAUUGUGGCCCACUGGCGUUCCUGGCUUGGUGUAUUCCCUGGGUGCAGGAUCCGCCACACCACACUUCUCUGGCUACUUUUUGCCUCCACUCAGGCCCCUAUCACAACCCUCCUAGAGUUUUGGCUUCCUCACCACAGCUGAGAGCAGCUGCUGUGUUCAGGGACCCAGCCGCACAGAAGUUUCCAUGACAUCACCAGCGGAGGUGGUGGAGACAUCAAAGGCCCUGGGAUUCACUUCUUAUCGAGACUUAGAGAAUGUGUGUGAGAAAGUUCCACUUCUGCUAAGGGCUGGCCUUGGCUUUACGACCCUCACUGAGCAGCAGCCAUUAGCCGUGAGCAGGUCUCAGCCUAAACCCCUUCAGUACCAUUUAUCUUCCUUUCCCCAGAACCUGCCCCGACCUCUCUUCUGCAUGAUAAGCUGACAUCAGAAACCCUGCAUCAAUUAAAACACAUUAUUCCUCUCCCUCACUUGGAAAGCUAGAGUUUGAGACUCGGUAGGGGCUUAGGAUAUUUGCAAUAGAUGUCAUCUUCAGGUAGGGGUGUAGUGGUGGUUCUGAAACUUCGGGACCCUGAGGGACUUGUUAAGAAUAUAGGCAUGUAGUCCUUUCGUGAUUCUGAAACUGCCCCAAUUCAGAGAGUUUCUGGUUAAAGGAAAAGUUAAGGUCACUUAACUCUCUUGUGUCCUUAAUGCCUGUUCCUAUCUAUCAUAGGGGGGAAACCCUCCUUUUGUUCUCUGAGUACGAGUAAUUUAAGGAACUUCAGGACAGUUUAAUGAGAGUGGCAUUUUCUAGACCAGAGUUCCCCAAAGAGAAAAAAUUUAACCAACCACAUAGCCAGAGAUCUGGAUGAUUCUGCCCAUUAUUUCUUCAAGAUAUUCACAGACCCUAAUUUUGGUACAGACAGAAUGAACUUCCCACUUAUAACACGUGCUGCAUUCAUGGUUAUGAUUUAUUCCUACCCUUUAUGUGCCUACUACUAUAGUCCUCCAAACUCUAGAUCCUGCUUUCACAUUGGAUCCCUCCAUUGGUUAACCCUUUCAAGGCUUGUAUUGCACGAGUGCUUGUGUCCUUCCCACACCUGCACUCUUCCUUUUACCUUGUAUUUCUCAUAUGCUCUUACACCACCACCCCUAUACCUUUCAACAUUUCUCAACAUUGGCUGCAUGUUGGAAUCUCCUGGAGAGCUUUAAAGGUACUGGUGACUGCGUGAUUCUACUCCCAGAGAUUGUAAUUUUAUUAUCUGGGGCAUCAGGACUUAAGGAUUUUAAAGGGAAGCCAAGGUUAAGAAACACUGCCCUCCAUCUGAACCCUUCUAGAAACUUGUGUCCCUUUUGGUUCUCUUUUUGUGUGUGUGUGUGCUUUUGAAAAACAGAUUUACUGAGGUAAACUGACAUGAAUAAACCACAUAUAUUUAAAGUGUAAAAUUUGGUAAAUUUUGGCAUAUGAACACACUUGUGAAAUGUCACCACAAUCAAGAUAAUGAAGAUAUCCAACACCCUGAACAGUUUCCUUGUGUCCCUUUGCAUGCAGUCUCUCCCUCCUUCCUUUCCAUAUCCCCCCAGCCUCCAGGCAAUGAAUGAUCUGCUUUCUGUUGUUACAAAUUUGUUUUCAUUUUUCUACAGUUUACAUAAAUGAAAUAGUAUACUAUGUACCCUUUUCUGGUCUGGCUUCUCACACUCACCAUAACUAUUUUGAGAUUCAUCCAUCUUGUUACAUCUAUUAAUAGUUCAUUUCUUUCUUAUUACUCAGUAUUAUUCCAUUGUAUGAAUAUAACAUGGUUGUUUAUCAAUUCACCUGUUGAUAUUGUUUUGGUUGUUUACUGUUUUGGGCUAUUACAAACAAAGUUGCUAUGAACUUUUAUAUAUAUGUAAUUGUGUGGACAUAUGCUUUUAUUUCUGUUGGUUAAAUACUCAGAAGUGGAAUGGCUGGGAUACAACUGUUAAAGAAAGUAGUUUGGCUAUUCUAGUUCCUUGGCACUCCCAUAUGAAAUGGCUUUCAAAUUCUUACUACAAAAUGCCUGCUGGUAUUCUGACCAGGACUGCAUUGAAUUUACAGAUCAAUUUGGGGGAGAAUUGACAACUUGAUGAUAAUGAGUCUCCUAAUCCAUGAACAUAUCUUCUGUCAGUAUUUUAUCCCUAAGUAUUUUAUAUUUUUUGAUGUUAUUGUAUAUGGUAUUUUAAAAUUUUCAAUUUCCAAUUAUUCAUUGAUAGUAUAUAGAAAUACAACUGCUUUUUGUAUAUUGAUCUUGCACCCUGAAAACUUCUUAAACUAUUAAUUCUAGUAGCUUUUUGUUUUUGUAGAUCCCAUUAGAUAUUCUACAUAAAUGAUCAUGUUGUUUGUGAAUAAAAACAAUUUAACUUUUCCAUUUCCAAUCUGGACGUAUUUUACUUGAGUUUCCUGGCUUAUUGCACUGGCUAGAACUUUCAGUACAAUGUUGAAUAGAAGUGGAGAGAGGACAUUCUUGCCUUGUUUGUGAUUUUAGAGGGAAAGCAUUAUCUUUCUUCGUUAAGUAUGAUGUGGCUGUAGGUUUUUCUUAGAUGCCCUUUAACAAGUUGAGGAUAUUUCCUUCCCUUUCUAGUUUGUUGAGAACUUUUAACAAAAAUAGAUUUUGAAUAUUGUCAAGUGCUUCUCCUACAUCCAUAGAUGUUUAUAUGGUUUUCCUGUUUUAGUCUGUUAAUAUGGUAAAUUAUAUUGGUGGCAUGAUCUGUUAA